AAACAAGUUUAUAUAUGUAUAAUCUAACAUCAGAGAGAUAUAUCCCUUCUUUUUUUAUGAACAAAGAUUAUCAAGUUUUAGUAUUAAUCAAUAGCUAACUGAACUCCAAACAUGAAGAUUCUAUUAAUUAUUUACUUGAUAUAUAUUUCUUUAAUACAGUAUCAAGAAGUUUCUGCUUUUAAUAAGAGCAUUCCUUUAGUAGUUAUUACUUGGGAUUAUGAAAAUGCUACACAAAGAGCAUGGAAUGUUUUGAAUAAUGAAGAAAGAAGUGCUCUGGAUGCUAUAGAAGAAAGCUGCAGUCUUUGUGAAGAUCAGAGAUGCAGAAAAACUGUAGGAUAUGGGGGUAGUCCAGAUGAAUCUGGAGAAACAACUUUAGAUGCUCUUAUUAUGGAUGGAGUAACAAUGGAUGUAGGUGGUGUAGGUUUGUUAAGAAAUAUUAAGAAUGCGAUUUCAGUUGCCCGUAAGGUUUUACAUAAUACUAAACAUUCUUUAAUUGGUGGAGAACUAGCCACAAAAUUUGCUGUAGAAAUGGGAUUUAAAAAAGAAUCUUUACAAACAGAAGAAUCAAAGAAAAUGUGGUUAGAUUGGAAAGCAAAUAAAUGUCAGCCUAACUUUUGGAAGAAUGUAAAUCCGGAUCCAACAAAAACUUGUGGGCCAUAUCGUUCAAAAGACUUUAUGGACAACAAUUUGGAGGAACAUUUAUCAUAUAUGACUGAAGAAAAUCACGAUACGAUCGGGGUUAUAGCUAUAGAUUCAAAUGGGCAUAUAGCAGCUGGUACAUCAACAAAUGGUGCCAGAAAUAAAAUCCCUGGUCGCAUUGGGGAUUCCCCAAUAGCAGGUGCAGGUGCAUAUGCUGAUCAAGAUGUUGGUGCGGCAGCUGGAACCGGCGAAGGAGAUAUCAUGAUGCGAUUUUUACCAAGUUUUUUAGCUGUAGAAGAAAUGCGCCGUGAUGCCACUCCUACUGCAGCUGCAACCACAGCAAUUAAAAGAAUCGCUAAACAUUAUCCUACAUUCACUGGUGCAGUGAUUGCAUUAAAUAAACAUGGAGAAUAUGGAGCUGCAUGCAAUGGAAUUACCCGUUUCGCAUAUUAUGUGGCUAAUCCUGAAUUAGGAAAGCCAACGAUACAUUAUGCUACUUGUAUAGAUGCUAAAUAUCAAGUUCUUAAUGUUAAAAACAUUAUAUUAUAUUGUGAUAAUAAACAUUUAUAUAUAAUAACCAAAAUGCCAGAAACAACGGAGGAAGAUAUGGGAAUGUCUGUUCGUUUAACGAACGAUGAUUUCCGAAAACUAUUGAUGACACCAAGAGCAUCUGUUCCAUCUGCCACUCCAGCUUCUGUACCUGGAACUGCUCGAGAUGCUAAUGCAAAAACUGCACAAACACCAAAUGUUAGUGGUGGCAGUCGUGCAGAAUUACGAAGGAAAAAAAGUUUUUAUGCUAAAUUAAAAAAACAGGAAGAAGAUAAAAUGGCAGAAUUAGCAGAAAAAUAUAGAGAUAGAGCUAGAGAACGUAGGGAUGGCACAAAUCAAGAUUAUCAGGCAGAAGAUCCAAUGAAUAGUGCCAGUGCAUAUCGUGCCGUUGCUCCAGAUUUGAAAUCAGGAAUGGAUGCAGCUGAACGUAGAAGACAAAUGAUUCAACAAUCAAAAUUCUUAGGUGGUGAUAUGGAGCACACUCAUUUAGUAAAAGGGUUGGAUUAUGCUCUUCUUCAAAAAGUACGUAGUGAAAUAGAAGCAAAAGAACAUGAACAGGAACAGGAAAUGGAAAAAUUAGUUAAGCCAAAGGAUAAAAAGGAUAAAAAAGAGGGAGAAAAGAAAGAUGAUGAGAUGCAGUUUAAAACUAAGAUAGGACGCAAUAUUUAUAGAACAAUUAUAACCAUGAAAUCUAAACAGAUUGAAAGAAAUGAAUUAUUUACUCCUGGUCGCAUGGCCUAUGUAAUUGAAUUAGAUGACGAAAAUACAGAUGUAGAUAUACCGACUACCCUCAUUAGAAGCAAAGCAGAUGUACCCACUAUAGACAAUACUCCUACUUUAACAACAAAUGAUAUCGUAAUAAACAAAUUGGCACAAAUUUUAUCUUAUCUCCGUCAAGGUAAUCGUCAUGGUAAAAAAGGAAAGAAGUAUAAAGAUGGUAGAUCAAGACCUGACGAUAUGAACGACAUGGAUAUUGCUCCAAGACCGCAGGACGAAAGCAUCUAUGGAGAUAUUGGUGAUUAUGUUCCAACAAUUAGUAAAAAAGAUCCAAAUCAGCCGCGAGAAAAGAAAAAAGGUUCUUAUUUUGAUAAACCAGAGAAUGGUUUGGAUACGGAUGAUAAAGCAAAUACUCCCCAAUUGCCAAAUGUUGCAUCUUCCAAUUCAGAUAAUAACGUUCCAAAAAAAGGCGCACUCCUUAAUAAAUUAGCUGCUGAACCAGAAGGGUAUGCAGAAUGUUAUCCAGGCUUGGAUGAGAUGCAAGAUGCUAUAGAUGAUUCGGAUGAUGAAGUAGAUUACACCAAAAUGGAUCUUGGUAACAAAAAGGGUCCUAUUGGCAGAUGGGAUUUUGAUACACCUGAAGAAUAUAGUGAAUAUAUGAAUAAUAAAGAAGCCUUACCAAAAGCAGCAUUUCAGUAUGGUGUAAAAAUGGCUGAUGGAAGAAGAACAAGAAAAUAUAAUAAAGAAAAAAAUGAAAAAGCUGAAUUAGAUAGAGAAUGGCAGAAAAUUCAGAAUAUUAUGAAUAAAAGAAAACCCACGACAGUAUUGGAUGGUGCAUCAGAAUUUAAAGUUCCAAGAUAUUAAAUAUUCGAUCUGUAUAAAUUUGUUUUUCCAAUUAAUUUUAUUUCGUUAAAAUAAUAAUAUUAUAUGUAUGUAUAGUAUAUAAUAUAAUCGAUCUGUUCGUAAUUAAAACAUGUACAAGAUCAAGGAUAUAAUAAAAGACUGUAUAAUAUUUUUAAAUCU